AUGGCAGACGUACCUAGACACAUACGCGCUUGUUUGGAUAUGGGGAAGAUAGCUUUCUUAGCUAUUCUAGUUUCAGGAGGAAUCGUGUUGCAGAUUCUGGCUUGUGCUCUGUUUGAUAACUGGUGGCCAAUGCUAAGUGUGAUAAUGUAUGUGCUUAUCCCGAUGCCUUUGCUCUUCUUCGCUGGAUCGGAUAGUACAUCUCUAUUCAGUGAAUCAGACAAUAGCUGGAUCAAUGCAGCCAAGUUCUUGACUGGUGCAUCAGCUGUUGGAAGCAUCGCAAUACCUUCGAUUCUAAAACACGCUGGACUCAUCGGUUGGGGAGCGUUAGCCUUUGAUCUCUCCUCCUAUGUUGUCUUCAUCGUCGCUAUUCUAAGUUACAUUUGCAUAGGAGAUGGCAGUGACAACUAUUACAGCUACAUCUAA